AGUUCAAUGAAAAAAGUAACGCCUGCACACUUACUGCAAUCUACAGAAUAUAAUCAGUUAGGACGAUGUUUCAGUCCUACUCUGAUCUUCGUCAAGUCAAAAUGUUUGUAAAAAUGGAAAACAAACCCAUAUUUAUACGUAAUGCACACCAAUAAACUGAUAAGCUCUAUAAUUACAGUUGUGGUUAAUCAUCCAACGCGUCCAGGGUGACAAACAUCUUAAAGCAUUUAACAAUUCAAGAGUAUCAAAAAGAGCAAGAAGGUUGUACCUCAAAAACAAUAUUAUAACAUCAGAAAUAUCACAAAUAUCAAAACAUAUAUCUCAUAUAUUAAAUGUUACAUCAGAUUGAUCAUCACAUAUGUUUAUCAAAAAUAUACCGUAAUAAGCUAGAGGAAAGGGAACCUUAAAUACUUGUACAAAAAAGGGGUCUUAACACCAUUUUAUGAAAUUUUAAUUAGAUCAAGUAACACUAAGAAACGUGUCAGGAUUUAGGAAUAUAAAACCAUCAAGAAGCAACUAAAAUAUUUUUCAUACUUCAGAGAAAAUGUUUAAUUUCAUACCUCUGCAGAUGUUACUUUUUUGAUUGAUUCUGUUUUCUAAUAUCCUCCCACCUGUGUGAUGUGUGUAUAACUACUUUCAUUAAAAGUGAAGUUCGACAUUUUGGGAAAUACACUUGUUCAGAUCGAAGCCUCGUUAAUGUGCCUGCAUUAAUAUUCCUAUUAUUUUAUUCUCUGUAAAUGAUUUCAACAAGAGAACAAAUUCUCAGAUUUGGUUCCUUUGGACAAAAUCUUAAAUAAAAUGGGCAUUUGUGGGGUAAACUGGAUAAAUUUGAGGGUCUUGGACACUUUUCCCAUUCACUUCCUUGCCAAGAGUUAGAUAAGAAGAUCGAUACCUCUCUCAUGUCUGUACGGAGGUGGAGGAGACGGCCGCCGCCCGCUCUGGCCUGCUACACUGUCUGUUUUCUAUUUUCUCCUCGCUGUGUUUCUGCAGCUGCUGCCCGUCACUCACUCUGUCAGUCGUUUGGCAGAAGGUCGGUGGGUAAAAGGACUCAGGACGUUUCUCACCAACAUUCAGCCAUGAAGCUCCAGCAGCGUGCAGCACUGGGCAUCGUGUUCCUGCUCACACUGCUCUCAUCUGAGUGCUGGGGCAGGAACGAGGAGGAGCGUCUGAUCAACUACCUGUUCAAAGAACGUGGAUACAACAAAGAGCUGCGUCCCGUCGAGAGGCAGCAGGACGCCGUCGACGUUUUCCUCGCCCUCACGCUCUCCAACCUCAUCUCUCUGAAAGAAGUGGACGAGACGCUGCUGACGAACGUAUGGAUAGAGCAUACGUGGAUCGACUACCGGCUGACGUGGAAUAUAACGGAGUUUGACGGCAUCGAUAUGCUUCGCCUCCCGCCUUACAUGGUUUGGCUCCCGGAGAUUGUGCUGGAAAACAAUAAUGAUGCCCAGUUCCAGGUGGCUUACUACAGUAACGUGCUGGUGGACUCAACAGGUCUCUGUUACUGGCUGCCUCCCGCCAUCUUCCGCUCCUCCUGCUCCAUCAACGUCAACUACUUCCCCUUCGACUGGCAGAACUGCACGCUCAAGUUCACCUCUCUGACUUACAAUGCCAAAGAGAUCAAGAUGCUCCUGAAAGAAGAAGAGGAUGAAACCAGCAAAUGGACGGUUGAGUGGAUCGUCAUUGACCCUGCCGGUUGGACGGAGAACGGCGAGUGGGAGGUCAUCCACCGGCCGGCCAAGAAGAACACCUACAAGCACAUUCCCAUGGAGAGCAACAAGCACCAGGACAUCACCUUCUACCUCAUCAUCAAACGCAAACCUCUCUUCUACAUCGUCAACAUCAUCAUCCCCUGUGUGCUCAUCUCCUUCCUGGCCUCGCUCGUCUACUACCUGCCCGCUGACAGCGGUGAGAAGAUGACGUUGUCCAUCUCGGUGCUGCUGGCUCAGUCUGUCUUCCUGCUGCUGAUCUCUCAAAGGCUGCCGGAGACGUCCAUGUCGGUUCCUCUUAUUGUCAAGUACCUGAUGUUCAUCAUGGUGCUGGUCACGGUGGUGGUGUUGAACUGCGUGGUCGUCCUCAACCUGCACUUCAGGACACCGAGCACACACGUCAUGUCUCAGUGGACCAAGAGGUUCUUCCUUGAGCGGCUGCCUCGCAUCCUGCAUAUGUCCCACCCUACAGAGGCGGAGCCAUACUGGGAUGGGGCGUUGCCGCGGCGAUCCAGCUCGGUGGGCUACAUCGCCUCGGCGGAGGAAUACUACAGCGUGAAGUCUCGCAGCGAUCUGAUGUUUGAAAAGCAGUCGGAGAGACACGGACUGGUGGCACGACCCACACAAGCUGCCAUGAAAAAGCUGCAGGAGGAAGGAGGCGUGACGGAGCAGCUGUACGGAGAGAUCAAGCCGGCUGUGGACGGAGCGAACUACAUCAUCAAACACAUGCGCAACAAGAACGACUACAACGAGGAGAAAGAUAACUGGAGCGGCGUCGCUCGUACGGUGGACCGUCUCUGUCUCUUCCUCGUAACCCCGGUGAUGACCUUCGGCACCAUCAUCAUCUUCCUGACGGGAAUCUGUAACCAUCCUCCACCUCUGCCCUUCGCAGGAGACCCACACAACUACAGAGAGGAGAACCCACGCCUGCUGUGACACACACACACACACACACACACACUGAGCAACAGAAAGUCACAUGACUCUAAUGUUCAAAUCCAAAAGUUUGCUGCUUUUUAAUUAUUCAUGUUUGAAGACUUUUCCAGGUACAUAAACAGUAUAUCUGUGUGGUUUAUUUUCUUAAAUUUGAAGUGAACGACUGAAUCAGUAUAUUACAAUUGAAAUAUUGAUUCAUUUGUGUGGUUUGAAUAAACAUUUAUACUCAAACAUCA